AUGGGGUUCACCACUUGGAACACACAACAAACCGGUGGUUUUCAAAACGUUGGAGGAUCGAGACAACAAAAUGUGGUGGAUUUAGAUGACGAAGAAGUUCCGGAGACCCAGUUCCAUGUCGGUCAAAAUGAUGUUGAACCUCAAAAAAAGAAACGUUCACACAAGAGGAAAACACCGGGUGAAGAACGCUUGAAAACCAAACCGAUACCAUGGACUUCCAACGAGGAAAUGAGCUUGUCCAAGGCUUGGCUAGAAAUAACCGAAGACCCGAGAUGUAGUAACUAUCAAAAGGAAAAAACAUAUUGGUCUCGUAUUUACAACGUUUUCCUCAAGUUGGAAGAUCAAGAAGAUGGAUACCGUGAUCCCGAUGGUAUUGGCGCGAAGUGGCGUAAAAUGCAUCCUUUGAUUCAAAGUUUCAACCAAAUAUACACUCGCCUAAGUAACUCGAGUGUGCGCCAAAGUGGUUCCGACGAUGCGAUGCUCCAAGCAAACGCCCAAAAUGAAUUCCGAGCCGAACACAAGAAGGCGUUUCCUUAUCUUGCUAUUUGGCAAUUUUUAAGAACGAGUUCGAAAUUUCACAUAGUCAUCGCCUUCGAUCCAUUUAAAAGUCGUGGCCAACCGUCGGCUAAGCGGUCAAAAACCUCAUCCUCAAACGACCAUCAAAGUACCGGUUCGGACGCUCGGUGCCAAAUAAAUCUCAACGACAUUGAGGAAGAUUUGGAAGAGCCACAUGAAGAGACCGAUGCGUUUCAACCACCACAACGGCCGGUUGGCCGAGAUAGGGCCAAAAAAGCCGCCCAACCGUCUUCUAGCGGUGUACGAAUCGACUUCCGAAACGUUCGAAAAAGUGACCAAUAA